AUGUCGUCCACUUCUCACUCACCGUCACCUGAAACCAUGACUCGAGCAAGCACAGCAGCUGACACUCCAGCCGCCGCAACACCUGGCUCAACCGCAACUGACCUGCCGAACCUUGCAGAGAUGGCAAUCACGACACCAGUGGAGGAUGUAGAUGCGACGCGUCGAAUGGCUCGUCUCAACUUCCUACUCGAACGGUCCUCGCUCUAUGCAAAGAUCCUGGAAGCACGGAUUAAUCAGCAGAAGGAAGAACAAGCAAAAAAGCCCGCAGUCGAAAAGGAUACAGCAAAACCGCAAAAAGCCACCGGAAAAGGAAAGAAAAGGGCAAGAGCGAGCGAUAGCUAUGAUAUUGCUGGGCACAUCGAUUCAUCGACACUGGAAAAAGCCAACAAGCGAGCAAGGGGAGAAAAGGUCAAAGAGGAAGAACAGACCACUUCGUUACCAAGUAUGGAACAGCCAGAUCUAAUCACAGGAGCAAGACUGAAGGACUACCAACUGGAGGGGGUGAGGUGGAUAGCAAGUCUAUGGGAGAACGGGCUGAACGGGAUCCUUGCGGACGAGAUGGGACUUGGAAAGACCCUGCAAACAAUCUCAUUCCUUGCGCACAUGAAAUCCAAAGGGGUGUGGGGCCCGUUCCUCAUUGUCUGCCCUCUGAGUGUGCUGCACAACUGGAUAUCGGAGUUUGAGAAGUUUGCACCAUCAAUACCGGUGUGUAUGUAUCACGGCUCCCCUCAACAUCGAGUCGAGCUGCGACAGACUGUACUACGACAGCCAACGUCAAACGCAUCACUGCCUAAACCCAAGCGAGGACGACCGAAGAAAAAGACUGAUGACGAACUGCCUGAACAAACGACACAGACGUUCCCGGUUAUUGUGACAACUUAUGACAUGGUCAUCAGAGAUCGGAUACAUCUGGCCAAGUUUGGAUGGAAGUACAUUGUAGUCGACGAGGGCCAUCGACUGAAAAACAUGAACUGCAAGCUGAUCCAAGAGCUGAAGCAGUACCCGAGUGCUAAUCGACUGAUUCUGACUGGCACACCUCUCCACAACAAUCUUGCGGAACUAUGGUCUUUAUUGAACUUUAUUCUUCCGGAUAUCUUCAACGACUUGCACUCGUUCCAACAAUGGUUCAACUUUAGCGAGAAUACUGACCUGGGCGACCGAACAGCCGGGAUUGUAUCACAGCUGCACGCCAUUCUGAAGCCGUUCCUGUUGCGUCGACUGAAGACGGAUGUGGUGACCGACCUACCGCCGAAGAAAGAGUACGUACUGUACGCGCCGUUGACCAGUGAGCAGAAGGAUCUAUACCAGGCAACACUGGAGAAGGACGUUCGGGACUACCUAAUGAAACAGGCGUUGGAUGCAUUGGAGAAGGAUGAGGAAAAGGAAGAAGUAGAGGAAGUUGUGGAUGAAAAGGACGACAAGAGGAAGCUGAGGAAGCGGACUAAGCCCGCUGCUCCGGCCUACUUGCUGGAAGAUGACGACGAUACGUACUUUGAUGCCUUGGAAAGAGGCGACUACGAUAUCCCGGAGGAGACCGAAGAGGAAAGGAGGAAGAAAGAGAGGGACGCUGCCAAGAGGCAAACAAUUCGAGGUGUAAACAACCAGCACUUGCAAAAUGUUGUGAUGCAACUCCGCAAAGUCUGCUCUCACCCAUACCUGUUCGACUGGCCUACGAAACCCGACUCGGAUGAAUCUGUUGUUGACGAUACGUUGGUUGCGAAGAGUGGAAAGAUGCUGCUUCUGGAACGAAUGCUGGAUGAACUACUAAAGAAAGGACAUAAAGUCUUGAUAUUCUCCCAGUUUACGACGGUGUUGGAUAUCAUUCAGCAAUGGUUAACUCACUGCAAAGACUUGGAGCACUGUCGAAUUGAUGGAUCUACUUCUCCCGAAGAUCGACGUGAACAGAUGGACUGGUUUAACAAGUCCGGACAUGGACAUGACGAUCCUCGUAUCUUUUUGCUUUCGACUCGUGCGGGAGGACUGGGGAUUAACCUUGUGGGAGCUGAUACGGUCAUAUUCUUUGAUCAGGACUGGAAUCCUCAAAUGGACUUGCAGGCUCAAGACCGUGCUCAUCGUAUUGGCCAAACCAAGCCCGUGUUGAUCUUCAGGUUGAUCUGCCAGCACACAAUCGAGACCAAGAUCAUGCAGAGUGCGACGAACAAGAGAAAGUUGGAGGCGAUGGUUAUUGCCAAGGACAAAUUCCGAGGCUUUGAAAGCCGCAAAUCUCGCAACGAGAACCUCGUCAACAUGGCAAACGAAAUGCUCCAACUCGAAGGCGAAAAGAUCAACUUGGUGCAUCAUGGAGAUAAAAUCAUUUCAGACGCAGAUAUGGAUGUCCUGCUCGACCGUCGUCCCGAAGUGUUCACACAGCGUAGCAAGGGCUGGACCGGCAAGAAUGAAGGCACGUUCGAGGUGUACGAGGCGGAAAAGGAUGAAGGGAACGAUGGGUUGGCGAGGAUGGGUAAUGACGAGUAA